AUGGCCUUAGAGAAAUCUGUGAAUGAUUCCAGUAUAAGCACGUCGUUGAUGUGCGAUUUAGGCAAGAGAUCAAGUCGUCUGAACAAUACUGCAUAUUUUGCUUGUAAGGUCAAGAUGCUAAAACGACGCACACAUCCUGGUACGGUUUGGGAGUCAAAAUCCUUCAAAGCACACAUCCCCAAAACGACAAUGCAUCUGAAUGCUGGAUGCUGCUGA